UCGUGGCCCGGCCUCGGUCAUGGCGGACUUCGAUGAGAUUUACGAGGAAGAGGAAGACGAGGAACGGGCCUUGGAGGAGCAGCUGCUGAAGCACUCGCCGGACCCGGUGGUGGUGCGCGGCUCCGGCCAUGUCACUGUGUUUGGGCUGAGCAACAAAUUUGAAGCAGAGUUUCCUUCAUCAUUGACAGGAAAAGUUGCACCUGAAGAGUUUAAAGCCAGCAUCAGCCGAGUGAACAGCUGUCUUAAGAAGAAUCUUCCAGUUAAUGUCCGGUGGUUACUCUGCGGCUGCCUUUGCUGCUGUUGUACCUUAGGCUGUAGUAUGUGGCCUGUGAUUUGCCUCAGUAAAAGAACACGAAGAUCGAUUGAGAAGUUAUUAGAAUGGGAAAACAAUAGAUUAUACCACAAGCUGUGCUUGCAUUGGAGGCUAAGCAAAAGGAAAUGUGAAUCGAAUAACAUGAUGGAAUAUGUCAUUCUUAUAGAAUUUUUACCAAAGACACCAAUUUUCCAACCCGAUUAGCAUUUGCUUUACAUAGAGACUUCCUGAGUAUGUUUUAUUUCCAAUGGUGCCUUGCUUGGUGCUCUCCUCGUGAUGAUACAGAGUUGGUUCUACAGAA